AUGCGGCCCCUCCACCCGCGCAACCUGGAGAGCGACAUUACCUUCAUGCAGAACGGCGGCGGACAUACGAUGGACACGAUGCGUGAGCACGUGGAAAGAAGGCUGUCGUGCUCGGCCAAGGUGCUCGCGCUAUUGAGCUCAAAUUCCGACGCGCCGGACGCGAGACUGCCGGACCCGCUCGUUUUCGUGACGGGGGAGCGAUCUCUGCCCACGAGCGUCUUCCUGCCUCACGCGUUGGAGGGCUCGGCCGACAACAUCUCCGCCGCGGACCUGUGCGCCUGGGCGCGGGUGUGCUCGGCCUGGGCCGGGUGGGUGCGCCGCCUGCUCGCCGACCCCUCGUCGCUUCGCUGGCUGUGGGCCCGGCUGGUUGAGUCCCACAUCCAAGAGGCCGGCAUCGCGUGCCUUCGCCACCCUGAGCUCUCGACUCGGUCUACCCUCCGCGUGCUGCUCUCGGAGCAGCGAGAGAGGGACGAAGGCACGACCGCCGCGAUGGAUGCCCUCGCUGGAGAGGAUGUCGAGAUGGCCGACCCGUCGAAGGUCUGGCCGUCCGAAGUCGCAGGAGGCGUGGCCGACCUGUUCGCCUUCUUCGCAAACUUUUCCGACGCGCCCGACAUCGAGUACGAGGAGCACGCGCGGCCCCACGGCAUGCUGUCGGACCUCGCUUUCCGGCCGUACCUCGGUGCGCAAGGCGAGUACGCUGCCCCGGAGGCGGCUUGGGAGACGAGAGACAUGGUGGUUGGCCUGUGCGACAUCGUCCGCGAGUACUCGGAGUGGGUGCGCGAGUCGCAAGACGUCAGCCAGAACCUCAUCCUCAGCACGAUCUUGCUGCCGCAGCUGCACAGCAUCAUGCGCAGCCUGAUGACGUUUCUCGAGAUUGACGACACGUCCCAGCAGGAUGGGCAUCCUAGAUCUCUCACCGACGAGGCGCAUCUCCGCGCAGCAAUCACCGACGACAAGGCGGCGAAGCUCGCCGCCGCGCUGCGCGGCUUUGCCUGCUUCUUCCCGUCGCGCGCAGACGUGGAGCGCACGGCCCGCGGCCGAGCGAUCCACGCCGGACGCUUCGAGGAGGUGCUCGUGUCGGACCCUGCGGGCGGCUUCCGCUUCCGCAUGCAGGAGCCGGGCGCCUUCCUCCCGAGCUUUCUGCGUCGCCUGCCGCAAUGA